AAGCAAUUUUUCUGAAAUGUCUAAAAAUUUAACUAUAUAAAUGCAGAUCUGAAAAUAAUUUGGUUGGUUAACAAAAUCAUGUAAAAUGCUUAAGCAUAAUAAUAAUGCUGCAAACAAUUUUGAUAUUUUAGCAACUUAUACAUACACAACAUUAUGCAGGUGGCUAUAUGUAAAAAAAAAUAAAGAAAAUAGAAGUUUUAGUAUCCUAUAUAAUUAUUCUGAUGGUUCCAUUAAUUAUUUUCAGCUGUACAUCUAUAGCUGAAUAUUCCUGCAAAACUGUCCUUUCCGCAUAUACAUAUAUACGCUCCAUGUUCCCCUGCGCGUCUUCCGUGCAACUUCCUCUUCAGCGUCGCGUCCCUUUCAGGGAAUCCUGUACGUCUCUCGGCAGCUAACGAGCUCAUUCCCGUGGACCCACUCGUGGACUCGCGCGUCCGCGUUGGUCCUGCGACUUAAUUAAGACUCAAUUGCCUAAUUAGUCCGCUCGAAGAAGGCGAGCAAGCGGCGCGCCGCGCCGCGGGCUGUCCCACGCGGUGAAGUAAUCAGCUUUCUCCGCGGCUUCUCCUCGCGGUUCGGCUCGCAGCCCGCUCCCGCUCCGUUCUGUCCUACGUCUACGUCUACGCUCGCUCGCUUGCACAUGGAGCCCGAAAUCGCGCGAGCCAGCCAGAGAGAGAACAAUGGAAGAUAAAGCGCGGGCUUUCCACACGCGCGGCCUCCCUAUGUGAACUGGAGUACGCGCGGCCGCCGUCUCUUAUACUGCCUACGCUGCCGCGAGCUCGAGCGAAUCCCUCGGCUUGCUCCCCCGACGGUGGCGGCCGGCGACAGGAAACGGAUCUUCUCCGUGGAAGACGAGAAAGGGAGAAAAAGAGAGAGAGAGAGAGAGAGAGAGAGAGCUCUCUAUAUAAGCACCAGUAUGCGCGCCGAAACGUCACCAUAUUUCAGCAUUCAGUCCAGUGCUCUUCUUCCACUUCACACGGUGUCCGAAGAGUCGAUCUCCGCACCACCACUCACCCUCGUGUUCUCCGUACCUCGAGCAUGGAUUUGAUAGUGCGACAGAUAUUGUUUGCCCUGGUGGCGAGCAUCAGCCUCGUGCUCUGCGAACCACCCCUCAGUAAUCAGUAUGGCGUUCCCGGAAAUUACGCAGGUGGAGGUCAUCAUGGACUACAAGGUGGUGGGAACGGAUUUGGGGGCCAUUAUGGUGGGCACGAUAAUCAAGAUUACACAGAUAAUGAGCCUAAGGCAUACGAGUUCGGCUAUUCCGUGAAGGAUCACGCUACCGGGAAUGAUUUCGGUAGGCAGGAGACGAGCGACGGCGAAACAGUACGCGGCGAGUACAGAGUGCAGCUUCCGGACGGUAGGACGCAGAUUGUCACCUACACCGCCGAUUGGAGGACCGGUUUUCACGCCGAUGUCAGGUACGAGGGUACCGCGAGUUAUCCGGACCAGUACAACGCUGGUCAAGGCUAUCAGGGAAAUCAACUCGGCGGAGGCGGCGGAUAUACCGGAGGUAACCAAGGCGGUUACAACUACCCAUCGGGCGGUGGACAGUACAACGCCAACAACUAUCAAUUCGGCUCUAAUUCCAUAGACAACAGUUAUAACAACUUCGGUGGGAGGAAUAAUUACCCCGGAAUACCGUCACCUACGUACGGUCCUGCUUUCCAUUAGAAUACUUAAGAAAGUAUUAUAUAGGCUAUAUUGGUUCCGUUUGUGACCGCAGUCUUUUUUCCAAUAAAGACAUUUUUUCAUAAAAA